AUGAUGCAGGCAAGCAGCUCAAAGACAUCCCGCAUAGCUUCCUCUGUGCACGAUGUGACCGCCGAAAAACCGCCCUUCGGAUCCAGGUUCCUCACAGACGAAGCUAAUGUUUGGAGUCAAAAUGCGUGGGAUCAUGUCCCGCCUCCCGACGAUCAACAAGAAGCCAUAGCGUCCGCACUCGCUAGGCAAAAAUUAGCCCCCGUGCCGGAAACUGAACGCUCAAAGUAUAAUGAGAAACCUGCGAAACACUGGGACAAUUUCUACAAAAUGAAUGCAAACAACUUCUUUCGCAAUAGAAAAUGGUUGCACCUAGAAUUUCCUGAACUCGUGAAAGCUGCCGAACUUGAGGCCGGCCUUAUGACUAUUGCAGAAAUAGGAUGCGGCGCUGGUAACGCCGUCUUCCCGCUCCUGUCAGCAAAUACAAAUCCUCAACUUCAGCUGCGCGCGUAUGACUACUCGUCACACGCGGUGAAACUUGUCCAAACAAAUCCACUUUACAUAUCUCCUCCGGCGGGCUCUAUCAAAGCUGCCGUAUGGGAUCUGUCGUCAGAUCAACUACCAUCCGAGGUCGAGCCCGAGAGUGUCGACAUAAUCAUCCUCAUAUUCGUGCUCAGCGCCCUUCACCCGUCUGAAUGGCGUCGUGCCGUUUCGAACGUACAUAAAAUGCUCAAACCGGGAGGCAUGGUGUUGCUCCGUGACUACGGCCGCUACGAUCUUACGCAACUACGCUUCAAGGGCGGCCGACUGCUCGAAGACAACUUUUACAUUCGCGGUGACAAGACCAGGGUGUACUUCUUCGACCUUGACGAGCUAGCUCUGCUUUUUACCGGCUCGCAUGCACCAAAAUCAGCGCACUCUCACAGCGCCGUGCAGGUCGUUGAAGAGACCGAUGAUGGCGCCCAGAGCGACUCUGCUUCCUCCCCGUUCGCGACGCCGAGUCCUUCUACCCCUCCUGACGCUCCGGCAUCCCCAUCCGCUAAUGACGGGCCCUCAGACUCUCCUUCUACCACCACAACCGUCCCUCCCAUACCUUUGAGCACCUCUUCCAUCCAUCCUUCCCUGCUACAUGCUUCGUCUGGCAGUAAUCCCCAGCUAUUCUCGAUAGAGCAGCUCGGUGUUGACCGUCGCUUGAUCGUGAAUCGGAAAAGGCAGCUCAAGAUGUAUCGUGUCUGGAUGCAAGCCAAAUUCCGGAAGUUGCCAUCUGUCUCCAAGCAAGAGAGCCCGUAG